CCCCCUCCUCCCCGCGACGCUGCUGGCGUGGCUAAACAAGGAGCGGCGGCUGAUCGAAGAGCCGCCCACCAGCCCCUUCAAGCCGCUGGUGCAGAACUCCUGGAACCUGGUCAACGACAGGAGCUGACCUGCAUUGCGGACCAGAUGCUGUCCGAGUACGAGCGGCUCGCCUCCUCCCACAAGCUGUCCGCCACCGCGCCCCACUACCUGCUCAUUGACACCAACGUGGCGCUGCACCAGGUACGGUGUAGCGGUGCCCACCUGGGCAUACUGCUGCGGCUGGGCUUCACGGACCUGGCCUCCUUCCUGCUGUUCUUUGCGAGGCGUCGCACGGCUCCUGUGUCUACCGUGCUGCAAGCGGACGGGCUGCCGGCGGCUGAACUCGCUCAAGGCAUACAGGGGGCGCUAGAGCGCGUGCUGGCGGCAGCCCACGGCAACACCGGCGGUGUGGCAGCUGGACCGCCGCCUGCCGCCGCCCUCGUGCCCGCCGGCAAUCCCGCGGCUAAGGUGGCCCGCAUCUACCGCACCGGCCCGGGGCUGACGGCUGUGGGGCUGCUGGCCUGGUACAAGUGGCUGCGGGUACUGCGGGGUGAGAACCCGCCGCGCGGCAACCAGCAGCUACUGUGGGCCUUCAUUGUGCUCGCCCACUUGUACCAGGCCAGCAGCCCCACAGCCGCCAGCGCCGGGCCGGCGCCCCCAUCAGCUUGUGACCGUGAGGGGCAGCGGAAGCAUCGGCAGCAAGCGAAGCCGUCUUCGGCAGCCCCCUGGGGCGCGAUGGCGGGCAGCGGGCAGCGGGCAGCGGUGCUGCGAAUGGCCAGCAGCGCGGCACCGGUGGACGCGGCGUGGUGGCUACAGCGGCGCGGAGGUGGCCACCAGCGACACUGACAUCGGCAUGCUGUCGCUCGCCGGGCGAUAACGUAGUGGGGUUGAAACAGUUUUAGCACGCGGGGUUGUGUAUGCGGCCAAGGUUAAGAUUCACGCUCUAGCUUAGAUUGCAUUGGUUACAACUUACAAGGGGGAGCUGCUGACAACCCCAAGCUUCGCUGGCUGAUGGGCCUGAGACGCCGGGGGAGGGCGCGCGUGAAGUAAGGGGCCGUUCGGUGCUCCCGCUGCGUUCAAAGUCUCAGAGCUGUAUGUGCAUCAUGCGGCGGUGUAGUUGGAAUGAAGCCGAGGCAGGUGGCGUUUGAGAGCGCUCUCGCCAGUCCAGAGACUGGCA